AUGGCAAGAUCAAGACCCGCAGGUGCUGCAAAGAAAGUCGUAAAGAGAGUAUCCAAGAAAGCCGCUGCCUCCAAGAAAAUCGGCAAGAGAGUUGCCAAGAAGCCAGCUGCCAAGAGAGUCGCCAAGAAGGCCGCUCCAGCUGCUGCCCCAGCUCAAGGUGCUUCAGCCCAAGCUACCCCACAAAAGUCAGCUGCCAAGAGAUCAGUUAAGAAAUCAGCUGGCAAGAGAUCAGCCAAGAAGUCUGCUGGUGGAAAGAAGAGAGCCACUAAAUGA